AUGCUUCUCCCACGGCGAGCGGUCCUCUUCCUCAGCGCCUGCUUCUUCCUCAUCCUCCUUCUCACAGCCCGAAGCCUCUCUAGACCAUGGCGUGAGGUCCCCCAAGUCAUAGGUCUAGGCGACCUACUCCCUUCCAACAAUGCCUCAGGAUCAGGACCAGGAAGAUGGAACAUAACCCGCGGCCACACAUCAAACGACCUCUACGCGCCCCCACCAAACUUCAUCCCAGGCACGCCCAAACCCCCAGGCUACAAAUACACAAAGACAAUGGUAGUCGCCCGCACCAAAGAAGAAGACACAAGCUGGAUCGCAGAGGAACUCCCAGACUGGCAGCGCGCCAUCUACGUCGCCGACGACCCAUCCGCACCCCUCCACCCACCCAAGAACAAGGGCCACGAAGUCAUGAUCUAUCUCACCUACAUAGUGGACCACUACGACCGCCUACCAGACGUAGCAGUCUUCAUGCACUCGCACCAAGUCGCCUGGCACAACGAUAACCUCUUCGGCGGCGACGCAGCCGAGCUGCUCCGCCGCCUAAACCUAAACCGCGUUAUCCGCGAAGGAUACAUGAAUACCCGCUGCGGAUACGGGCCCGGCUGUCCGGCGUGGAUGCACCCCGGCGCUAUCGAAGAAGACGAGUCGAAGCAGGAGGAGAUCAUGCUCGCGCGCGCUUGGGGGGAACUCUUCCCCGACGAGGCGAUUCCGAACGUAUUGGCUCAGCCGUGCUGUGCGCAAUUUGCGCUAUCGCGGGAUCGGAUCCGGUCGAUUCCACAUGCGCGGUAUGUGUAUUAUCGGGAUUGGUUGUUGGGGACUGAUUUGAGUGAUUAUAUUACGGGGCGGAUUUGGGAGUAUUUGUGGCAGUAUGUAUUCACGGGCGAGGCUGUACUUUGUGUCGAGGAGACUGUUUGUUUGUGUGAUGGGUAUGGAUUCUGUUUUGGGGGGGAUGAUGAGUUUAGGGAGUAUCAGGCUCUUGAGGCUAAAGUUACUGAGUUGCAGAAUGAUGUGGGCGGUUGGAUGUGGUUGGCUGAUGACCUUGACUUUGCCGAUGAUGCGGUGGAUUUGACUUCGCCUGCGGCUGGGGAUGAUGAGUCUUUGAGUCAGAAGAUUGAGGGGGCGGAGAAUGAGAUUGUUGAGAGGCUUCAGGCUGCUGUUGAGCGUGGUAAGGACCCUAGGAACCGUGCCCUGGAGGCUGGUCGUCCCUGGAACGAGGGUGAUGGGUUCUGA